CUUGGUGAGUUACAGUAACAAUAAAUUUUGAAACUCUUCAAAGACCAGAGCAGAUAAUGUAAGGAACAGAGAGAGGGUCUGAAUUUGAUACUGUGUCAUGCUGAUUUUCUUUUUCUUUUGCUCAGCAAAUCUUUGAGUGAUGAGGAAAACUUGAAACUUUUUGGGAAAUGCAAUAAUCCGAAUGGCCAUGGGCACAAUUAUAAAGUUGAGGUGACAGUAUAUGGAGAGAUCGAUCCUGUUACAGGAAUGGUUAUGAAUUUGACUGACCUCAAAAAAUAUAUGGAGGAGGCGAUCAUGAAGCCCCUUGAUCACAAGAAUCUGGAUCUAGAUGUACCAUAUUUUGCAGAUGUUGUAAGCACGACAGAAAAUGUAGCUGUAUAUAUCUGGGAAAACCUCCAGAAAUUUCUUCCUGUGGGAGUUCUUUAUAAAGUAAAAGUGCAUGAAACUGACAAUAAUAUUGUAGUCUAUAAAGGAGAAUAGUUCUUAGGGAUUAACACUGUAGAAAGACUAAUUUCCUUCCACAUUUAAAAAAGAUCUUUAUCUUCUUGGAAUAUUAAGCAGUCACCACAUAAUUGUUGUACUACAUUGUGUUCUGAAGUGCCUGAUUUAUUGAAAUCAUUAUAAGACCUGUUAUGAAUUUAAAUCUAUUUUAAAAUAAAGCUUGUAAUGUAUCCUGAAUAUCAUUUAGAGAGUCCUUUAUCUAUAGAUUAAAAGUCACUUUAUUUUCAGCAAAAUGUUUUGGUGUGUUAAUAUUUGAAAGAAAAAUCUAUUUUUCUUGUAUUCUCUUAUCUCAUUUUUAGCAUUCAUUUUUCUUAAUAUAAAUGGUAGAAAUGCUUAUGCAAUUUAAAGUAGAUGAAUUUUAUAAAAAAAUAAAAUUAAGCACUGGGAGGCUGAGGCAGGAAGAUUACAAGUUCAAUGCUAGCCUAGGCAAUUUAGUGAUACUCUGUCAGAAUAAAAUAAAAAGGGUUGGGGAUGUAGCUCAGUGGUAGAGCACGUGUUUAGCAUGCGCCAGGCCCUGGGUUCAAUCCCCAGUGUAGCAAAAAAGAAAUAAAAAAUAAAGAAAUAAAAAUUCAGAUGACUACAAAAUCUGGAGACACUAUAUAUAAUUUGAACUCCCUUGGUUACUAUUUUUUGGUAUGCUAAAGGCACAAAUUUAUUCAGUGAAAGUUAGACCCACAAAUUAUCUAAGGUGGUACAUUGCGAAUGCAUAUACAAAGAUGGACGGAAAUGCUGCUUUUAUGGACAUUAGACAUUGCAGCUUUACACGGGUAUUGAACUAUGAAUUGCUAGUGAGGAACAACAAUUGAACAUACUAUACAGUAUAAGUAUACUAUUAUAUGUAUUUGUCUAGAAUACCAGACGUUAUAGCCACCUGAAUAAUUUAAACUUGGAAGACUGCAGAAUAAUGAUGUAUUUUAAACCAUGUUAACCUAGCCAACAUAAAAAGGAUGUGGUACUCUGUGAAGUAUUUCCUGUAUGCACUUUUUCCUGACUGAUCCCAUUUUAUUCUGAUCAUUAAACUUACCUGUAUAAGUUGAAGUA